GUUAGUAUCUCUUCGCUAACUUUAGUAACAGUAGCAUUAUUUCUCUUGCGUUAGGGUAGUGGAGCUAUGUUUCGCUCACGUAUUGUCCGCCAAGUCUCAAUUCCAGCUCCUGCAACCCCAGCUGAACUGCCAGAAUGGGCUAUUAAAAAAAAAACUUGGCUUACAAGAUAUCUUUUUUGGGCAUCAGGUAGGUUGCAACGCCUGGCUACGCACGUGAUAAAAUUUAGUGACAAUUUUAUGGGUAUACAGCCAAAGGAAAGUCUUUAUCGUAUUCCACGUCUGUUGAAAGUGAAUGAUAAGCGACCCUCGGUGAUGGAUAAUUGCUUUAUUGCACCAAGUGCCUUUAUCUCCGGAGAUGUACGAGUAGGUAGGAAAAACUAUAUUGGGUAUAAUGCCAUAAUUCGUGCUGAAAAGGAUGAAACGAUCUACCUAGGGGAAAGUUGCAACAUUCAGGAAAAGGCAGUGGUCACAGGUAAUACUACAGUGGGCAAGUGGGUGACGAUUGAGCCAAUGGCGAUUGUUGAGUCUGCUGACAUCGCAUCCUGUUCCUUUGUGGGGGCUAAUGCUAUUGUCAUGAAAGACAGUCAAAUUGAGUCAGGCUCUAUGCUUUGUGCUGCUAGCGUGUUACAAGCUGGAGCUAUUAUUCCUUCAGGCGAAAUGUGGGCUGGAAACCCUGCCGAGAAAAUUGCGGAUUUAACCGAAGAGGAACAGGAGCAAAUUAUCAAGGCAGCGAAACAUAUGGUCCUUUUGGCUAUUGAGCAUCAUGACUCAUUAGAAUUGACUUGGGAGGAGAUCGAGGGCCAAAGGGAAGCCCGUGAAGCUUGGGCGCGUGCGACGGAACGCAACCGGGAGCUUCGCGCUAAGGCCAUGUACAUCAAGGAGCCUCCACGCCCCAAUCGUAAACAGAAGGAUAACCCGCAUGAAAUUUCAAGUAGAUCAAGAAAUGCGCCUGCAUUUAUGGAAAGCCAUAUUCAGGGAUAUUAGUAAUUGUAGAAUUAUAUGUUUUUGUAAGUAGCAUUUAUAUGGAGAGAUCUCAGAAUAAGUUUGUUUUUAGAUAAUUUUUGCCCUUAUUAUUUCGUUAGCAGGAAGUAUGUUUUAUUUAUACAUAA